CAGAGAAUGUGAGGAGUUGCUUGAGCUGCGCUAGUACAAAUUGAAGAAUAGAAAAGCGUCGUUUUCAUUUGUUAUCUACUGUAAGAUUUGUAAUGAAAAUUUGGUAAGUGUUCGUAUUUGCGAAGAGGAUAACCAAACAGCAGUUGUUGCGAACAGUGCAUCAAAAGUAUAAUUUACUGACCCAACCUAACGAUGAACGACAUAGUUGCUCCAACCAUACAGUUAGAGGUGGCUUGCACCCACGGAUUCAAUAAAGCGGAGCAGAGCUGUUUGGUUUACCAGCAUGUGCACGACAUUUUAGAAGAACGCGAAACUAUUCAGAUGGGCACUACUUUCACCAUACCGGUGCCGUUCGUAGUGCAAGUGGAGGUGUGCACGAACAUCGAUCAGUACAUGGUACGUUCGGCGCUGCAGUUUAACUUCUACGUGCUCCAGCAGACACCUGCCGUAGGGGAAACCAUCAAACACGAUUCGGAAGAAAUGGAGAUAUCCCAACAUAUGUUGCUUCCGUCCCAAGAGUUGCACGGCCUGUGGGAGAGUCUUAUCUACGAAGAAGGGAUAAAAGACAGUGUGCUAGCGUUUGCCGAAAGUUCCAUGCUUUUUACCCGCAAGGGCGUCGAUAAGAAUCUGAUUACUUGCAAUCGUCUGGCACUGUUUCACGGGCCACCGGGCACGGGCAAAACGAGCCUGUGUAGGGCCAUUGCUCAAAAGUUAGCCAUAAAAAUGAACGCACAAUACCGGCACGCCCAUCUGGUGGAGAUCAACAGCCACAGUUUGUUUUCUCGUUGGUUUUCCGAAAGCGGGAAGCUGGUGCAGAAAGUGUUCAGCGAGAUCCUCGCAUUGCUGGACGAUGAACGUUCUUUGGUCUGCGUGCUUGUGGACGAGGUUGAAUCCAUCGCAUUCGCUAGGGAAAAAAUUUCUUCAAACGAACCGAGCGAUAGCAUACGGGUGGUGAAUGCCGUGCUAACUCAACUAGAUCGUCUACGUCAUUUCCCAAACGUAUUCAUCCUUGCAACUUCUAACCUAACGGACAGCAUCGAUACGGCGUUCCUUGAUAGAGCCGACUUCGUGCAGUAUAUAGGUCAUCCGACAGAACGAGCCAUCUACGAAAUUUAUCGGACGGCCUUGCACCAUCUCCAAUCCAUUGGUGUUGUUGAGAAGGAAGGAAAAUCCAAUCGGCGAUUGUCAGCCUCGGUGUUUGACGGUAUUCCGAGCUACGAGGUUGCCACUGAUCCUGGACGGGCGAGUUGCACUGUACUCGACAUUUUGCUACAGAUCGUUAAGCUGUCGGUAGGACAGAGCGGUCGAACGUUGCGCAAAAUUCCAUUCCUUGCGCAUGCGCUGUUCGUAAAAAAAGAAACGGACAGUAUGCUAAACUUCCUUACCGCCAUGCGUCAAACAAUACGUAAGGUGCAAAGUGAUAAGUUCCUGCUGGUACAGGGCAACGUAUCUGGAGAAUGUAUUGCCACAUUGCAUAAAUCGUUAUGAAUCGUUACUUUUCGCCAUACGAAGAAGUUUAUAUUUUUUAUUCACUCUAUUAUUCCUCCAUUGAUAAAUAAUCCAUAGUUUUUGUUGGUUGGCUUAUGUUGGGGAAAUUUGUUAGGUAAUGAAGCUACAGCCGACGUACUCCUUGUGCACUGCACACAUUAGGCUAAGUAAGAGCGUAAGCCAUGCAAUGGCAUGAAACGCGACAAUGACUGCUUUAUAAAAAAUGUUCGCAAUCAUUCGAAUGCUGCCAAUCAGUGCGAUCGCGUAGCAAGUGUCCAAGCAAAGUAAAGAAAGGCACAGUGGCAGAAGGUGCACUAGAUCUUCUACAUGUAGAUACUGUUAAAGAGAUACAAUAAAACGUUUUCAAUUCUUACCAAUUAGUUACUCAUU